CGUUCACUUCAAAGGGGAUGCCUCGUCCGGUGACGUCAGGCGCGCGCUCCUCUUGAGUGUGGGUCGGGUGAGCAGACACGCAGCAGAGGAUGAGGAGGAGAAGAGCUGAAGACACGCUGGGCGGACAACUGCUUAUCUAAGACAACAUAAUGCUCAGUCUGCUGCGCCCCCUGCUGGCCGUCUGCCUGUACCUGCUGCUGCCCGGCGGACAGGGCCUGAUCCCCGGAUACAACAAUGGCUUUUACUACCAGGACAUCAGCAACGGAAACGGAAACGGAGAGAUCUAUUUCAACGGGGUUCGCCUCCACGUGGAGUCCCCAGAGCACUCAGUGUCGGCCGCCAGGGGGAGCAGUGUCACCCUCCCCUGUCACUACCACUACGAGCCUGAGCUGACCACACCACGCAGGACCCGUGUCAAGUGGUCCUGGCUGCCUGCCAACACCAUCAAUGCACCUGUUUCACCCGAAGCCUUGGCCAGGGAAACUGAGGUUAUGGUUGCCAUGGGCAACCGUCACCGCAGCUACGGCAGCUUCCGGGGCCGCGUGCGCCUGCGACGCUCGGCACCAGGGGACAUGUCUCUGGUGAUCAAUGAGCUGCAACUCAACGACACAGGCAGAUACCGAUGUGAGGUGAUUGAUGGACUGGAGGACGAGAGUGUGACGGUGGAGCUGGAGCUGCGGGGCGUGGUGUUCCCCUACUUCUCUCAAAAAGGACGCUACCAUUUGAACUUCUUCGGGGCCCAACAAGCGUGCCAGGAUCAGGAGGCCACUCUGGCUACUUUUGAGCAGCUCUUCACAGCGUGGGAGGAGGGGUUGGACUGGUGCAACGCUGGCUGGUUGGCUGAUGGCACAGUACAAUAUCCAAUCACAGCCCCACGUGAAGGCUGCGGGGGCCUGGACUUAGCUCCUGGUCUGCGCAGCUAUGGACAACGACAUCGCCUCCUCAACCACUAUGAUGCUUUCUGCUUCUCCGCCUCUAUCAAGGGGACUGUGUACUUCUUAAAGCACAAGACCAAGCUCAACUUCACAGAAGCGGUCCAGGCUUGUGCCAGUGAUGGAACUCGAAUUGCCAAAGUGGGACAGAUGUACGCUGCCUGGAGGCUGAUGGGAUUGGACCGCUGUGAUGCCGGCUGGUUGGCUGAUGGGAGUGUCCGUUAUCCUAUCACAAAGGCCCGGGCUAACUGUGGCCCACCAGAACCAGGGGUGCGUAGUUUUGGCUUCCUCCCACAGUACCUGAAAUUUGGCGUCUACUGUUAUCGGUAGACGCCUCGGCUCAACACAAGACACAAACCAUUCUGACAGCGCACUGGUUCAAAGCUCUGCUUGAGAGGUUAGCAUUAGCUGUAGCCUGGAAGCAAAUUAGCAGUUAGCAAGUUUGUUCAUUUCUGAGCUAUUUUGAGGCAAUUUGGGUUAACCGCUCUCCACCUCCUUAAGACUCUAACUGAUCAGUAUUGAACCUAACAUCCAGUCAGCAGCCGUUAAAGUAUGUACAUCCAUCAGGUGAUGCCACUUAAACAAAAUGUCUACACUGUAUGGCCAGAAGUAUGUGGACACGCAAACAUCACAUCUACACCUCAUUCCGAAACCAUGGACAUUAAUAUGCUGCUAUAACAGCCUCUUCUGGAAAGGCUUGCUAGAAGAUUUCAGAAACCAUCGGCAGGCUCUCAUUCAGCAUUAGUGAGGUCAGCAACAGAUAUUGGGUGAUAAGGCCUGGCUUACUUCAGCUUUGCAAGUUUAUCAGAAAGAUGUUGAGUGGGGUUGAGGUCAGAGCUUUGUGCAGGCCAGUCAAAUUCUUCCAUGACAAACUGUGAAUCUGUAGAUGUCAUGGCAUACAGUACUUUUCCCAAAAAGUUGGAAGCAAGGCAUUGUCAGAAACAGAUAGCUUUUGCUGCAGCAUUCAGAUCACCCUUAAAGGUUAAGUUUGCUAUUUUUGAACCUUGACCUUAUUUAUCCUUGUUUCUGUGUCUGAUUGACUAAUGGGAAUAACAAUUUAUCAAACUGGUCCAGUAUUGAGCGACAAGGUUACAGACGGCAGCAGCGAAACAGGCUGCAGUGUAAUCACUCCUGGCAAUUGAGCACAGUCAACUUGCAUUCACUAAAAGUGCUUGUUUUUGCCACUGACAGGCUCAUGAUCCCCAACAGAAAUAGACCUUUUUGUUAGAGAGUAAGAUCCUUUUUGUUCAGCCAGAAGAAAGAAACAGCACAAAAUCACCAUUGCCACACUCACCAGACUCACAAAAGCCUUUCUUGUUUAUCUUUCCACUGUUCUUACAAUCACUGACUCUGGUUUGGUUGAAAUAAACCCUUAAUUCCAACCUGGUCUCACUCCGAAGUCGUCAAAAUCCGGUGCUUGGGCAAUGACGUGGCAUCAGAUACUGACGAAAAAAGCCAUCCUUGAACGUCGGAAUAAUGCGUGGCCAGUCACCAUAAUAGCCAGGGGUAAACUCAAGGGGACAAGAAUGAAAGUCAAGGUGGCGAAAGUCCAAGUAAGGAGGGUGGGAUUGCUGGUGGAUGGGUCCAACACAUACUGACUUUCACCCGGGAGAAUGGUGUUUUUGUCCCAUAAGAUUAUAAAGCCAAACCCUGUUCUUUUUUGCUAACUCCAACCACGUGUAGUAGUUGUUAGAGGAACAAAAGGUCAAUUCGCAUUUUUGUACUGACGUAGUGCGUUUAUUUUGAAAGAGACUGUAUGUAAACUGCAAAUUUCCUGUGAAAACAGAGGUGUAUUUUGAAAGAAGACAAUGCAUGUAACAGGCAUAACUUGAGACGGUGUCCCAGAACGUCAAUAUCCAACGCACCCAGGGUACCUUUCAUGUCAUAUCUGGACGUGGAAAGUCCAUGACCAAAUGUCAAUAUGUGACGAGGUCGGAAAAAGGAUCUUACUCUUUAACAAAAAGGUCUGUAUGUGUACGUAUUCAGCCACUUACAAGAACAAUCUGAACCUGUCAGUGGCAAAAACAAACACUUGAAGUGGACGUGCACUGAUGGUGUAAACAUGCCCCUAAUGAUUACAUUGCAGCCUGUUUCACUGGUGCUGGCUGCAGUGGUUUCGCUCAAUACUGACCAAUUUCAAAAACUACUGUUCUCAACAGUCACUUAGACACAGAAACAUGGGAAAAUAGGGUUCAGGUUGGAAAAUACCCAAGUUACCCUUUAAUUGAACCUAGGGGGGCUAAGCUUGAUCAUGAUAAAUAACCUCAGAUCAUGACUAUAUGGUCAGGGGUGUCCACAUAUUAUUGGCCAUGUAGUGUUUAAUGUCCAAAAAUGCAGUUAUGUCUGCUGCAAGUUUUUCUCACAGAUGAUUUUAAACUCAGGGAAGGUGUUCCGACUCAGAAAAAACAUUUCACAUUCAAAUUAAAUUACCGCUCUCAAACCGUACCACAAUCAUUAAUCUCGCCUGUAUUUAUUCAACAAAACAUUUACAUUUUGGUUUUCAGCACUGCCCUCCAGAGCAUUUAAACAUUCAAUCUUGGGAGCCUCAUACUACAACCGCAAAUUUUUGGGGUUAAGUGCCUUGCUAAAGGGCACCUUGAUGGUUGAGGGAGUGGAGAGUGUUUCUCAUUAUUUUCCUGUCAGAUCUUUCCAGCUGGUCCAUGAUUGUACACUCACUAACUAGGCUAUAGGUUACUCUCUCUGUUUGUGUAACACUGUGAAAUAUAAUGGAGUCUUUCUUUGUCUCCUUAAAUGUCUGUGUAUAUUGUUUUUUGAAACAUAAUGCAUCUCUUUUUCAUUUUUUCUGGGUGAUUAAGAGUAGUACUCUUUGAUGGAGAAAGCAGAAGUUAUGAAUGAGGAUCUGUGUAUUGUUUUAAUAUUUGAACUGCCUUGUUUACAUCUGUUGUUGAAGCAAAAAACAGUGUUUCGUUUCAUGUAUCUUGUUUUUCAUUAUAUAUGUCUGCGCAUUUGUACCUUUUUCUACAAACUAAUAAAAACACUAC